AUGGCUCCGCCACUGAACAUCAACCGUGAGAAUUACAAAUUGGGUUUGCCCAUUAUUCAAAACGCCGGCGUUUUUCACAAGAUUGACUUCAGAGAAGGUCCAGCCUUACCUGUUCUUGACCAAAUGAUUGAAGAUGUUGGGGGAGUGACUGGCUACGACAACAUCCUUUGGAAUGGGUCUGUGGUGGCCCCACCUGAUGCACCAUUGAUGAACUACGUUAGGUUUUAUAGGGACUUCGUGUUGGAGCUCAACAUGGCUCCUGCUGUUGAUCCAAGGAUUGAGAUUUGCCAGCUUCCUGUGGGUGGUGGGAUUACCUUGUGCCGCCGCAUCAGCUGA